AAUUCAUCGCUUAGUUCACACUCUUUUACAGCCAAAUAAAAUUUCAGUUCUGAACCACACAAAAGAAUUAUCAAAUCACCAAAAACACAUACAAAAAACCAAGAGCAGUAGUAGUAGUAGUAGUAGUAUAAGAUGAAGAACACAAUGACAUGUAGGGAAAAUAACAAGAAGAGAUUUAGUGAUGAACAACUCAAGUCACUAGAAGGCAUGUUCCAGUCGGAUUCAAGGCCAGAGUCUCGGGCAAAGCAGAAGCUGGCCGGAGAGCUCGGGCUGCAGCCUCGCCAGGUGGCCAUAUGGUUCCAGAACAGGAGAGCCAGGUCAAGGACCAAACAGAUUGAAAGAGAGUACAACAUACUUAAGGGUAGUUAUAGCAACUUAGUUUCUAGUUUUGAGUCACUAAAGAGGGAGAAUCAAGAACUGAACAACCAGUUGCAGGAAGUGACGACCUUGCUGGGAAAAGAUGAAGGGAGUGGUGAAUUAGAGUCUGAUCACACUGAAAAGGGUAUAGAAGCUUCGUUUGAGUCAAAAGAUUUGAAGAGCUUUAAAAAAAUAGUUGAAGUGCAUCAUGGUGAUGAUAGUAACAGUAGAGAUGUUGAGAGUGUUGGGAAAGAAACUGAAGUUUUAGACCUGGCAUCAUCCAUCGAUGACUGGAGCUGUUUUGAGUCUGGCCAUUAUGUCGAUGAGCCCAACUGCUCUUCUUGGUGGGAGUUCUGGUCUUGACCAUUGCCACAAAUCAAGCUAAAUGAAAUAGUAGCACAAGCAAAUAUCUAUCACAAGUGCAAAAUCAUGCUUAGGAAGAAGAUCCAGAUACAGAGAACAAGUCAGAAGUCUAGUUAGUUCUUAUACUAAAAUUUCAUUUCCUUUUUUCUGAGAACAUGAAGUUUUUAAAUAUUAUUGAGCAACUCUAAAAAGAGGCCUGAGAAAAUUUUGUUGAGUAUGAAGUAAAUGGUACUAUACAUGA